GCAGAUCUGCUCAAAGAAGCUUCUAUAAAUCUACUAUAGAAAUAAGGGAAGCAUUUUGCUAAUCUUAUAUCUAAAUAGAAGUUUGGAGAGAGGGAGAAGUUAUUCAUUUACUGAAUUCUGCUUAUGAACUGUGAGUCCACAAGGAGGGAAUCAAGUGCACCGCUGGCUUGCCGAGCACACAGGGAGGCGCCAGAAGCCACAGAUAGGACGGAGCUCUUGGAUCCCAGCUCAAGGGCUUUAAAGAUCAAGCAUUUUGUUUUCUGCUUCCAAUGAUGGCCAAGGUGUGCUGUGUUAAGAGAAGUGCCACAGAAGACAUCAAAGUCUGGAGAAAAGUGACCUUUCAUGGACUAUGAAAUGUACCUUCUACUGCAAGUUUUUCUCUUACUAACCUCAGAAAACUGAACAUAUGGCCUUGAGUCUACAAAAAAUCAACUGAUAAAACUCCUCGACAUGCAUCAGCUGUUUAGACUGGUUUUGGGACAAAAAGAUCUUUCACGAGCUGGUGACCUCUUUUCCUUAGAUGACUCCGAGAUUGAAGACAGCCUAACAGAAGCUUUGGAGCAGAUUAAAAUAAUUAGCUCAUCAUCAGAUUACCAAACCAAUAACAACGACCAGGCUGUGGUUGAAAUCUGUAUCACAAGAAUCACAACAGCCAUCAGAGAGACAGAAUCCAUUGAAAAGCAUGCCAAGGCCCUUGUGGGGCUCUGGGACUCCUGCUUGGAACACAACCUAAGACCCUCUGGCAAAGACGAAGACACUCCUCAUGCAAAAAUUGCAUCUGAUAUCAUGAGUUGCAUUUUACAGAAUUAUAACCGGCCCCCUGUGAUGGUGUUAGCCAUCCCCAUCGCAGUGAAAUUCCUCCACCGGGGCAACAAGGAGCUGUGCAGGAAUAUGUCUAACUACCUGUCCCUGGCUGCAAUCACCAAGGCGGACCUCCUCGCCGAUCACACAGAAGUUAUAGUAAAGAGCAUACUGCAAGGGUCUCACUGUACAGUUCAGCCUGGCCUUGGGCUCUCUCUGAAGCCGGGAUUGGUCUUAAACUUGCAACAAUCCUCCUGCCUCAGCCUCCGAGUGCUGGAAUUACAGGAGUGCACCACCAUGCCCAGCUCAAGAAGGUCAAUUUAGCCCACAUAAAAUAUUUAUCUUGUCUUCUUUUUUCUUCCUUUGGUUCAUCUAUCAGGAACCAUACUUUUUGGUUUUUGAGUCAGAGAAUAAUAUAUAGUUCUUUAUGAUAAACAUCCAAAUUUCCUCCAUCCUUAUUAAUAAAAAUGUGUGAGAUCCACAAGUGGUUUAGCCCAUGUUUUACUGACACAAGCUUCCACAUGUAAACUAUUUGCAGCUGAAGCAUUUCUUGGAAUCCCUAAGUGUGUCGUACUUGUGCUACCUUCCUGAGGAAUCACAACAGUCCGAGGCCCAUGCUGCUAUCCUGCCCAUGUUUCUGGGUACAGUAUACUAUGGCAAGGUCCUGCUCCACCACCCUGAACUCUGAGGCUGCCAUGGAGUUUCCAGAAGUGGACUCUACUUCUAGAGAAAGCAGGCUGCCCUGCCAGGGUGGCAGCCUCCAAACCUUUGUGUUGAUUCACCCAAAACAUGAGAGAUCACCAGUCUUUAGGCCAUAUGGUCACCAGCAGCAGGAGAGAAUGAGUCUUUCUCUGCCGUAUUAUUGCUGAGUAGAGCGGUCCCAGAGCUGCUUGUUUAUUUCCCAGUGCCAAACUGUGCCACCAUUUGCAGUUAAAUAGAUGGUUCUGUUCAACCUAGAGGUCUUUUUCCAGCUAUCCACUCAGGAGUCAGGAUUACCAACAAAUUAGUCCUCCUGUUCUCAAAGUGCCUAUUUCCUGCCAAAGAAUAAGGUGUUUAAUUUAUUCCUAAUUUGAGCUCAUUUUAACAGACAUUCCUAAGGAGGGUUCUUAGAACCACCCACCCAAACUUCUAACGGCCUCUCUAUCUGAUGCCCUCAUAUAUCUGAACAAUAGCUCAGUGAUCAAGUUUAUCCCUCAACCUGUGCUCCCCUAUAAGUAUAUGUCAUUAAUAAUACCAGUCAGUAUUUUCAUUUCUAAUUUCCUUUGGCUAUAUGAUUCUAUUACUAAUUUUAUCUUAUAUGUGCUAUUAAAUUUGCUAAAAGUACAAGAAAGCAAUUGAUGUUUUUAUACCACCUGGUAAGGAUUUUUGGGACAAAUUUUAGAGAAAUUAGAAAUCAUGAUAGUCAAACUUCUAAAUAAUAGAUUUAUGAAAAAAAUUGACAUAUCUUUAUAGUUGCCAGCAACUUAAUUCAUCAAUUUGGAUUUUUUAAAAAAUGCUUUUUCAGUGACAAAGAAAUUUCUGAGAUACAAAACACACUUUCUAAAUUCACUGUUAGCAUUUCAUAUAAACAAAUCAUUUGCUUUAUUUGAUCUAGAACUAUGAAAAUUACCAUAAAAUAAAUGAUAAUUUGACCUAUAAAAAGUCGGGACUGCAUAUUUUAAGGUUCAGAGUUUUAAGACAGAUAUGACCGUAAAACCCCAGGGUUUUGCUGUCUCCUACUAGUCAAUUUGCUGCAAAAUCUCAGUCUUAUAUACCCUGCUAAAAGCUUUAAGAGGCAUCAUUAAGAUUUCCUUUUAUUACUUUUUCUCACAUUUACACCUUCUUUAUUGACAUGUAGUAUCCUAAACUUUAUUCUCUUAUAUUUAUUUUUUUUCUUUCAUUAUUAGUGCCUAUUAAUUUUUCAAAAUAUUGGUUUCAAAGCAUAUAUAUUUUGGUCAUAUGCAUUCGUCCAUCCCCUUCUUACCCACUCCUCUUUAUUUUCUCUCUCUUGUCUAAUAGUCUUCCUUACUUUCUUGUCAUUACAAGAUUCUGCAUAUUAGGGAAAAUAUGCAAUAGUUUUCUGAGUCUGGCUUAUUUCACUCCACAUGAGGAUCUUUGCUUCCAUCUUUUUUCCUACAAAUGACAAAAUUUCAUUCUUAUUUACUGCCAAAUAAUGUCCCACUGUUUGUAUACCACAUGUUCUUUAUCCAUUCAUCUGUCCAUGGACACCUAGGUUGGUUCCCUAUCUUGGAGGGUCUAAAUUGUGCCACAAGGAACGUGAGUGUGCACAUACCCCAGUACUACUCUUUAAUUGCUUUGGGUGCAUAGCAAGAAGCAGUAUAGCUGGAUCAAAUGGUAGCUCUAUUUUUAGUGCUCUGAAGAGCCUUCAUAUUGAUUUCCAUAGUAGCUGUACUAAUUUACAUUCCCACUAGCAGUGUGGAAGUAUUCUGUUUCCCCCACAUCCAUACCAGCAUUUACUAUUUUUUGUAUUAUUGAUGAUAGCCAUUUUGGCCAGGCUGAGAUGGAAUCUCAGUGUAGUUUUGAUUAACAUUUCUCUAGUGGCUAAAGAUGUUGAACAUUUUUUCAUAUACUUAUUUGCUUUCUGUACUUCUGGUAAGUGUCUAUUCAAUUCAUUGCAUCAUUUAUUGAGUAGGCAAUUUUAUUUUAUUUUAAAUUUUUAUUUUAAAGUGGGUAAAACUAAACACAACGAAACAGAACAAAACAGAACAUAAAGCAAUGUAAGAGAUAUAAAUUUCAAAGCUAGAUGACCUGAGAUCUUCACUAUUACAUUGUCUUUUGUUUUCUUCCAAAUAGUUGUCCAUGUCUUCACAUACAGAGAAAUCAUACAAAAUAACAUAGUAUAAAACUGAUCCGAACAGAAUGAGGAAGGCAUUUCAAAACCAGACAAUAGGGAAGUCACUAAUGGCUGUCAUAGAGUCUCUCAUUCUCUUCAAAAUAGCAAUCCAUACCUUCGUGUAUAUUGAAGUUCAACAAAGCAAAACAGGUGUGUGUAGGGGAGGGCUUGCUUGGUUUCCUGCGCUCCAGGUCCCAGCUUGCAUGGGUCCCAGUAAACACUGCUGGCUCCUGUCCCGGGCCACCAGAGCCUGCCACACUCACAGCCACUCACCAUGAGGGGAGGGGUUGCUUCAAGCUGUUUCUUUCUAAUGAAUGACCGUUUCACUGCCCAAGUUCUGAAAUGGCCAACAUAGAAAGACAUCUCUUUAGGCUCCUGCUUGAAACCAUCAGGGUCAGGAAGCUGUUGGCCUUGAUUCAGGGCCAAAAUUUUAUUUAUUUAUUUAUUUAUUUAAAUUUUUAUUUAUUUAUUUAUUUAAACUCGCAAAUAUUAAUUUUUGAGUGCUGUAUAUAUUCUAGAUGUUAACCCUCUGUUGUAAUAGUAGCUGGAGAACAUUUUCUCUUUUUUUCUAGGUUGUCUCUUCACCGCGUUGUUUCCCUUACUGUGCAGAAAUUUUUUAAUUUGAUGUAGUCCUCAUUUAUUGAUUCUUGCUAUUGUUACCUAUACUGAUGGGUUCUUAUUCAGGAACUUUUUGCCUGUGCCCAUAUCGUCAAGUAUUUUCCUUAUGUUUGAUUUUAGCAGCUUCAAAGAUUCAGGUUAUAUACCUUGGUAUUUGAUAACUUUUAAUUAAACUUUGUAGAAGAUUAGAGACAGGAGGGGCUGGGGAUUUAGCUCAACGGCAAAAGCACCCGUCUUGCAAGCAGGCGGUUGUGAGUUCGAUCCCUGGUACCGAUAAAAAGUUAAAAAAAAGAAAGAAAAGAAGAGACAGGGAUUUUCAAUCUUCUGGAAGGAUAUCAGUUUCCUCAGCACCUUUUGUUAAAGAGGCUGUCUUUUCUCCAUUAUAUAUUUGUGGCACCUUCGUUCAGAAUUAGGAGGCUGUUAUUUGCAUGGGUUUUCUCCUCCUGUGUCCUGUAUUCUGUUAUGUUGACUUGCAUGUCUAUUUUUGCAUCAGUACCGUGCUGUUUUUUGUUACUGUGGCUUUAAAACAUACUUCAGAAUUUGGUAGAAUUUUUAGAAUCAUCGAAGUAUAAAAUUAUGUCAUCUGCAAGCAAAGAUAAUUUGACUUCUUCCUUUCCUAUUUGUACAUGUUUUAUUUUUUCUCUUGCUUAACUGCUCUAGCUAAAAUUUCAAAUGCUAUACUGAAUUAGAGUGGUAACAGAAGACAUCCUUACCUUGUCUCUUGAUUUUAAAAACAAUGAUUUCAGUUUUGCCCCAUUCACAAUGAUGUUGACUGUGGGUUUGUCACAUACAACCUUCAGGAUAUUGAGAUGUGACCCCUUAGUAUCUAGUUUCUUUGGGACUUUCAUCAUGAAGAGAUGUUGAAUUUUGUCAAAGUCUGUCUGACUCCAUUGAGAUGAUAAUGUGAUUUUUAUCUUUGAUUCUGUUUAUGUGAUGCAUUAUGUUUAUUGAUUUGUAUGUGUUGAAGCAUUCAUGGAAACCUGAAAUGCAACCAAUUUGAUCAUGGUGUAUGCUCUUUUUAAAUGUGUUAUUGAAUUUGAUUUGUGGGUAUUUAAUUAAGGAUUUUUUACCUAUGUUCAUGGAGGAUGUUGACCUACAUUUUCCUUUACAGUUGUAGCCUUGUGCAGUUUUGGUAUCAGGGUGAUGCUGACCUCGUAGCAUGAACUUGGGAAACUCCUUUCCUCUCUAUUUCAUGUAGUAAUUUCAGUAGCACUGAUGAUACUUCUUUAAAGUGAACCCAUCCUGGACUUUUCUUUGUUGAGAGACUUUUAUUACUGCUUCAAUCUCAUUGAUUGAUACUGAUCUGUUUGUUUUUAUAUCCUCUAGAUUCAGUUUUGAUGGAUUAUAUAAAUCUACAAAUCAACUCAUUUUUUUCUAAAUUCUCCAAUUUAUUGGAAUAUAGAUUUUCAAAAUGAUCUGUGCUAAUUCUCUACAUUUCAGUGGUGGCUGUUGUAACACUCACAUUUUUAUCUCUAAUUGUAUAGAUUCAGAUCUUCUCUCUUUUGGUUAGUUUGGAUAAGGGCUUAUUAAUCUCAUUUAUCCUUUCGCAGAACAAACUUUUUGUUUCACUGAUUUUAUAGAUUGUUCUUUAAGUGUCUAUCUCCUUUAUUUCAGCUCUGAGUCUUAUUAUUUCUUUCCUUUUGUUGGGUUUAAUUUUGAUUUGUUCUUGUUUUUCUAAGAAAUUGAAAUGUAUUAUAAAAUCUCUUGUUUUUUUAUGUAGGCAUUUAAAGCCAUAACCUUCUCUCUUAAAACUGCCUUUGCUGUAUGUCAGAGAUUUUGAUAUGUUAUAUUUUCAUUUUCAUUUGUCUAAGAAUUUUUAAAUUUCCCCUCUGAAUUUUUUAAUGACUCACUGAUCACUCAAAAAUGAAUUGCUGGGCUGAGCAUGGUGGUACAUGCCUGUAAUCCCAGCACUUGGAAGGCUGAGGCAGGAGGAUCACUAUGAUUUUGAGGCCAGUCUGGGCUAUAAAGUGAGUUCAAGGCCAAACUGAACUACAUAUGAAAACUGUCUCAAAAAUAUGAAUUGUUCAAUCUCCAUGUGUUUUUAUAGUUUCUCUUGUUGUUAAUUUUUAGUUUCACUCCAGUUGAUCUGAUAAAAUGAAAGAACUUAUUUGUUUGAUAAUCAUAUCUAUUAAGGCUUGUGUUGAAGCCUAAAAUAUUCUCUAUUUUGGAGAAUGUUCCAAGAGCCACUGAGAAAAAUGUAUAUUUUGUAGUCAUUGGAUGGAAUAUUCUAUAGACAGCUGCUUAGUUCAUUUGAUUUAUGGUGGAGUUCGACUUUGAUGUUUCUUUGCUGAUGUUUUUUUCAGUCUGGAUGACUAUCUACUGUUGAUAGCAGAGUAUUGAAGUCACUCACACUUCCUGCAUUGGGACCAAUGUCUCUUUAUGUCAAAUAAGGUCUGCUUUGUGAAACUGGGUACAUCAAUGUUUAAUGCACAUAUAUUUACAAUUAUAUUUCUUGAUAGAUUGAUUAUUUUAUAAUAUGUAAUUAGCUUCUUUGUCUCAUAUGACUUACUUUGUCUUGAAGUCUACUUUAUCAGAUGUAAGUAUAGCUACUUCUGCUAGCUCUUGAGUUCGCCUCCCUUUCAGUCUGUGUGUCUUUGCUAGUGAAGAGUGUGUUUCAUGAAAGCAGCAGAGCUGGAUAUUAUUUUUAAAAUCAAUUGCCAAGUUAUGUCUUUUAGUUGAAGAACUGCACAUUCACAGUUAUUUUUUAAAAGGUAGGCACUAGCUCCUAUCAUUUUGUUGUUUUUCAAGUGUUUUGAUUCUUUCCUAAUUCUCAGUGGUUUAUCUAUUCUUCCUCUUCUAUGUUUUAAGAUUUCUUUAGGUAUCUUCUGUACUGCUGGCUUAGUGCUCAUGAAUUUUUAAAAUUUAUGCUUAACCUGGAAAGUAUUUUUCUUUCAAUUUUUAAUGAUGAAGAUGUUUUUAGUAGAUAUAAUAAUCUAGGUUGGAAGUUAUUGUCUUUUAAGGUUUGCAGUAUAUCAUUGUACAACUCCUGGCCUUGAGAGUUUUUACGGGGAAGUCUGGAGUUAAUUCUGGUGGGUUUAUCUCUAUGAGUCACUUGGCAUUUCUUUCUUACAGCUUUUAGUGUUUUUCUCAUGUUCUGUACCCCUUUCAAAUAUAAUAUGAGAAGGAGGAUUCUUUUGUGGCUGCGCCUCCUAUAUCUAAAUAUCUCUGUCUUUCUUAAGUUUUAGAAAGUAUUCUAUUAUUUUAUUGAACAGAUUUUCUAUCUCAUUAUUCUUAAUGUCAGCACCCUCUUUGUCUUGGUUACUUUUCUGUCAUUGUUGAGACAAAAUACAUGACACACAACAUCAAGGAAGGAAAAGUUUAUUUCUUAUAGUUUCUGAGGUUUCAGUCAUACUCUGCUGGCUCCAAGACAGGGUACUGUGACAAAGGGGCAGCUGUUCAUGGUGACUGCAAACAGCAAGAGCGAACAAGAAAAAAGAGAGAGAGAAAACACAUCUUCUUCCCUCCCUUGUAGUGUAUGCUGGCUCCACCCCUGGGCAGGUGCAGCAUUCAGACCACUAAUCCCAGUGCUAGACAACAAACCAAUCACCAACUCUAGAUUCAGCUGUCUCCAUGACUGCAUGAGGCUUGGGAGGCCACCUACACAGAAACCAUAACACUCUUCUACAUUAAAAAUUUGCUACUUUGGCUUUUUUUUAACCAUGUCCCAAAAUUCUUGGAUAUUUUGUUCAAAAUUUCUUUUUUUUUUCCUUUAUGAGCAUCUGUGUGUAAUAAUUCUUCAAUUUAUCUUCAAGCCUAGAAAUUCUCUCCUCUGUUUGAUCUUGUCUACUCAUGAAGAUUUCUACAGAAUGCUUUUAUUCAACUUGUUUCCCUUUUCAUUUUUGAGAGUUCUAUUUUGUUCUUCAGGAUCACUCUCUUUGUGGAAUUGUUCCUUUAUAUCCUGCACUGUCUUCCUAAAUUUAUUAAACUACUUAUUUGUGCCAUAUUUUAAGUUGUUAGUCAUUUUAAAAACCAGUCUUAUGAAUUUUUUUGGUAGUUCACCACUUCAAUAUCUUUGUAUUCAGUUACUAAUGGUUAUGAACAUUUGGAGGAAUCAUGUUGCCUUAUUUUUUCAUAUUUUCUGUUUUCUGUCCUGAGAUUUGUGCAUCUCUUAGGGAUGAAUGCAUCUUCCACUUUUAUUUGAAGGUCUUGUUAGUGUCCCACCUUCUUCCUAAGACUUGAUCUUGGACUAGGGAUAUAGCUCAUGGCACAGCACCUGCAUGGCAAGCACAAGGUCCUGAGUUUGAUUCCUGAUACCAAAAAAAAAAAAAAAAAAGCUUGAUCCCCAGCACCACUCAGAGAGGCAAAAACAAGUUACAUUAAUGACAGUGACACAAACACAAACCAGAUAUUCACGUACAGUAAAAAUAAACAAAUGAAAGCAAUGACAGUAUCACCAUUUACAAUAGAAAACAAACCAACUUGGCACUGUGUCUCAUGCCUGUAAUCCCAGCACUCAGUAGACAGAGGCAGGUGGAUCCCAGUGAAUUCAAAUCCAGCCUGAACUACAUAAUGAGUUCAAGGUCAGCCUGGAAUACAUCGUGAGAUCCUGUCUCUUAUAAACAAAAGAAAAAGAAAAUAAAAAUCAGUAAUAACAUAAAUUAAAAGACUAAAAAUUAAUAAAAGUUAAAAGUAAUAAUACAAUUAAAGUGUGAAGAAAGGGAAAAUGAAAGAAGUACAAUUUUUAAAAAGAAAAAUAAGAUGAAAAGGAGAAAUAAGUGAGACAAAAAUCCAAUUAAAGAAUAAAGAUGUAAAUAAAAUGAGACAAAAGUAACAGAAAAGCAAUAAGGAAAAGAAAAAAAAAUGGGGAAAUGAGAUAUGAGUCCAAAACAUUUUUUUUUUUUUUUUUUUUUGUCUUUUUCCUUUUUAUCGGUACCAGGGAUCGAACUCACGACUGCCUGCUUGUAAGGCAGGCACUUAUGCCACUGAACUAAAUCUUCAGCCCCAAGUCCAAAACAUUUUCUACCAUAAAGUAUUGCUGUGGGCAAAAUUUCUUUCUAGGACCUGUAGUGCAGUCUUGGAAUCUACCAGAAAUGGGAGAGGGAUAGCCAGUAGUAUCUGGAGCCUGGUCUGCUUUCCCACCCACUUAACCAUCUGUUGUGCAAAUGCUGAGUCCUGUCUAGCUUUUUCUCUUGGGUAGAUCCCAGGGUUUUGGUGUUUGUGUCCUGCUGUGCACCCUGAGUCACUGUGUCUUUCGCUAGAUUGGUGGCCUGUAAGCUCAUAGGGCACCCUACUUGUUCCUGAGGCCCCUCUGUUCAUACGCCCCAGGAAAUGGUAAACAUCCAAGCAGGAAUGUAUCCCUGAUCAAGUUGGUGUGUAGGUAAGUGAGCAGACCAAUGAGUUCUGUAGGGUGGAGGUAGCCAGAGAAACCAAGUGAUGCCCUGGGCUCCACCCCAGUGCACCCCAGACCGAACCUCCUCAGAGAACUAAAGACAAUGGGCCUCCUCACCACAGAGGGCAUUGCUGCUGACCCUUGCUUGCUCCGCAGCCUGAGCUCCUGACUGCUUAAACUUCUCAAGGGGUCUGUGUCUAGUCUCCGCCCUCUCCAUGACUGUCUCUCAUGGCUGUCUUCCAUCCAGUCGCUGUGGUAAGCUGUCUGCAGAGACCCUGGAAUGUGGUUGUUCUGUAACUUCUGAUACUCAUAGUAGCCCCCUCUUGUUUAUCCACUCCAAGACAAGUCUGGUGCUGCUGUAGAUUUCCUCCACAAAGCUACUCAGCCAUGUGGGAAGAGUCACUUUCAGAGUAAAACUCCACGCUGGAUUUGCAGUUUACAAUAACCAUGGUGUUUUACUGGGGAUUGUCCCUGUCUGGUCAUUCUUCACUGGGACUGUGGGCCCUCUUGGGACUUGACUUUUGCCUGAGGAGGCAGAUUCCACUUUAUCCCACCUCUACCUUGAGAGUCUAGAAUUAGCAUUCCAGACCCUAUCAUUCCAUUCUCUACGUUUUCUUUUUCUGUUUCUCUGUGACUUUUAGUUUUUCUCUUGGUUGUUUCUUGAAUCCCAGAGCUCUUCUUUCCUUUCUCCCUACUAAGUAGCAGCUUUCUGGGUGUCUUGAUUUCUGGUCCUGGUGAGGUUGUAAUCUGUUUCUGGAUUUUAAUCCCCAUCUAGAUCUCUCCUCCCUUACUUCUUACCGAAAGCACUGAGUGGCCAGUCACUCGCUGUUAAUCAUUUUAAUGAAAGUAAUAAAAAGUAUAAUAAGCAAUGCUUAUGGCAGGCAUUCUGUAUUACAUGUAUCUACUGAUAUUCAUUAUAUUAUUUAAUACCCACAAGAACCCUACAACAGAGGCUCCAUCAUUAACCUCAUAUUGCCAUCAAAUCUAAAAGCAGCCUCUUCUUCUGCUUUUCUGAAUCAGUGGUCAUAAUAAGGAAAUAUGCCUCUAUCAAAAUGUCCUUUACAUGGUCCUCUGUCACGAGUCAUGAGAUGACCUCAAAUUUUUAAAAACCUAAGUAAAAAGUUUAAAAAGAAAUUGUAAAUCUGUCCAAGCAAGAGUAAAAAUUCCUUUCUGAUUUACUAGCAAAAAUCUGGAUAAGGUUGUCUAGUUAAUUAUGUUAAAUAUACUUCAUUUUUUCCUCUAGGUGAGACAAAAUUCAAACCAUUGGUUUGUGAGCUAUCUCAGAAAAUGCAGAUAAAAAAUUGACUCCUCAUUUUGAAGGCAACAAUAAUGUGUAUUAUGUGGGGUGGAUGAGGGUUAAAUAAAUAAAGCAUCUGUACUUUGCAUAAUGCCCAGUGAUAGUUUAAUCAAUAACUACUAAGAUUCUUCUAUUUCUCAUGAUCAUAGUCAUUAGUAAUUUAGCAUCUUCCAUGUACCAGGUCUAUGUUAAAAGGUUGGAGGAAGAUCUGUAUCCAUUCAUACAAUUUCGUAAUACCUGGGGAGAUGCUUAGUCAAUAAAAAUUCAUGAUACAAUUAUUCUGAAAGAAUGAGGUUUUAAAUUCACCCUAUUUUGGGUAGUUAGAAAAUAAUUUAUUAGUUGAGUAUUCUAGGCAACAAGUUACUAAGCAAUCUAAUUGAGACUACUCAUCCUGGUUGUUAAUAAACAGGAAAAUAUUAAGUAUAAUGUUGUAAAAUCAAUCCAAAUACAGAUCACAGAGUAGAGACAUAUCUUGAAACAGAAAAGGGUCUCUUCUGUGGUCUGGUGUACGUUUGCGCCUUCCUGACUUCACCAGCAGAUGUUGCUGUGAAGCAGAGGGAGCCCUGCGCACACACAGGUAUCCACACAGAUAUUGGGGGUUGAGCUCUGAAAAUGACUUACCCAUCAGGUAAAGAUAUCUUAAGCUUCACUUCUCUGUAUUUUUGUUGUUUUGUUUACCUGUUUUAAUAUAUUGGGAACAACUUGGAAAAACAUUUCCUAAGAGAAUGAUUUUACUUCAAAUAUUUUAUAGUUUAGGAAGCAUGUUUAUGUAUAUUAUUUGUUCAAUAACCUUCUAAUAAGGUAAGUCUUGUUAACUCUGACAUCUUACAGUUAGCAAAUUAGUAGGUAUCAGCACCAGAGUUUAAACACUGCAUUUCUGACCCAAAGGCCAACAGACUUCCUAUUUUAUUCUAUCUUGGUCUAACUGAAUGUAAGGGUCAGUAAUAUGAAUUUUAAUAUUGAUGGAAUACAAGACUAUAAAAAUAAAUAUACAUAACUUCUUUGACUAAAACUUUUAACUUUAGGAGUACUGUGUCUUAAGCAGCUAAAACAUAAUUCUAGAAAUGUCUGAUGUUAGUAAAUUUAGCAAAGAAGAGCUUUCUAAUAUAAAAUUUGAUAAGUAAAACAAAAUCAUUAUAAUUUAUUUUUUCUAGAUCUAAGUCUUUGUUGCGGUGAAGUGAAUUAAAUAUAAAUUGUAAAUACUAUGCCAAACUCUAUACAUCUUAUAUUAUAAACCAGGUGUGGUGGUGCACUGCUGUAAUCCCAGCUCUUAGAAGGCUUGAGGCAGGAGGACUGCUGCAAAUUUAAGACUAGCCUGAGCUACAAAGUGAGCUCAAGGCCAGCCUGAACUGCAAAGUGAGACCCUGUCUCAGGAAGACUCUCUCUAUAUAUUCACUGCACACAUUUUUCCUUUUAGUUACCUGGUCAUCUUUUACUAUGUCAUUAUCAUGGCCAGGUGUACGCCUAUAAUCUCAGCAGUCCAGAGGCUGAGAUAGGUGGAUUGCUAUAAGUUCAAGGACAGUCUGGGCUACACAGCUUGAACUGCAUACAAAGCCUCGUCUCUAACCAAGAACAAAAAUUCUAUGGUGUAUAUAUUAUUAGUCAAAUGCUUCAAAUACAUGUUAAAGAAACUAAUUCUUAAAAGUUAAUUUAAGUCAGGCAUGGUGGUGCACACCUGUAAGCCCAGCACUCAGGAGGCUGAGGCAGGAGAAUUGUUGCAAGUUCAAGACCAGCCUGGACUAUAGAACUGCAUAGCGAGACCCUGUCUCAAAAAGAUACACACAUGAAAAUAAACAAACAAAUAAAUGCCAAUUUAGAUGGUAAUAGAUAAGGAAAUACGUCAACUGUAUUAUGCUUAUAUAUUAUCUCUACAAAAAAGUUGUUCUAUCAGACAAACGUACAUACUAAUGUGAUCAAGUGUCUCAGUUCGCCUGGACUUAGGAAUUAUCAGGACAUGGGAGCUUUGUAAGACUGAAACAGUCCCAGAAAGCCAGAACAGUUGAUCUCACAAGUAAUGGACUCCAAACAAGUAAUAUUCUUACGUCGACACAUAUAUAUAUAUAGAUGGAUGGAUGUGUGUGUAUUAUAUAUUCAUUACACACUAUUUCCUUUUAAUAACCUGGUCAUCUUCUACCACAAGUGUACUAUGAUGAGUUAUAGUGAGUCCCUCAGUAACAUUCUGGUAAAUGGAACUGUGGAUCAACAUGCUAACUAAGCUGGCAUGCUAUUUUUUGAUGUUUUAUCUGUUGUAUAAAUUUGUGACUUUUUCAUUUGCUUAAAAUGCAUUAAGUGCUAAUAGAAAAAAGUCAGCUAUUUGAUUUCCUAAGAACUUAUAAAAUGUAUUUUCUGAGUAUAGCCCAUAAACAUUUUGGAAACAGUAAAGCACAUGGUCUUUUUAAUUAAAAAAUCACUUGGUUCAUGUUUGUGACUUAAUGUUUAUAGCUCAUGUUUAUAUCUACUGAGGUUCCUCAAUAGAGCAUGUCUUCAGUCUACUUAUUCUCCCUUUCCCUCUCCUCACACCUUGCAAUUUACCUCUUGGACUCCUUCCCCUUUACAGACAUGAGCCAUGAUUAAUGAUAUUAACAAGGAUAAAAAUGGGGAGAAAAAAAUUAUACAAAUGGAGAGAAGGGAAGCAGACUAAAAAAAACAAACAAGCCAUAUUGACCUGUACUCACCUGAAUUAACAUGUACUCACCAAGAUGACUGUAAACUGGAUAUACUAUAAACAUGUACAAUAAAAAAAGGAAAAGUGAGAAAAAAAAAUCACUCAGGGCAGGAGAUAUAGCUCAAGGGUACAGAGCUGCUUGCCUAGAAUAUCCAAGCCUUGGGUUUGAUCCCCAGGACCAUUAAAAAACCUAUUCCACUGGAUCAGAAUUAAAUUGUAUGGUCAGUCAAUAAUGGAUUAGAGAAAAUAGAAAUGUACUUUCUGUCAUGUAAAAGACAUCCAGGGCCAGGCAGCUAUGAGCAUACUAGGCAGUUUACAAUUAUCUGAAACCCUGGCUUCCUCUGCACUACAUAAAAUAUGUUCGAGAUGGUUGCUGAAAUCCCAGCUACCAUUUAUGAAAUUCUAAUCAUACAAAAAAGAAGGAAUGAAAAGAAAAUCACAUACGGUAUAUUCAACCUAGUCAUAUGCCGACAUCUACAAGUAAUGCUCAAAAAUAUAAUUUAUUAUAAGUGGCCAUAUAUGCUACUAAAACUAGAAUUCUGUUACUUAGGAAAAAAGUGAAGCGGAUAUUAAAGAACAAAUCUUUGGAACACUUAUCCAGAUCUACUGCUGUAACAGAUGAAAUUUCUACUUAUAUAAUUCAAACAUUUCUUUUUUUUUCUGUUUUUCUUUUCCCUUAACAUGCAAUUGCUAGUUUUUAAAAAGUCAAGUUACCUUACAUUUAAUUUUACCAGCAUGUGAGUUAACAUUUAUCUUGGCCACGACCUGAUGGGAUCUUUUACAUAGACCUAAUUCAUACUGAAACAUGUAAAGGAAUAAAGUUUACAUACUCUCAUCUGAGAGCCCAAGUCAUGUAGACAAAAUACAGGGAAUGAGGGAAUUUGUAUGUGACCAGUGUACCUGGAGCCUUUAAUUAUAUAAUUUCCAAAAGCCCGAAAUGAGACUGUCAGCUCAUUGCAGCUUCAUAACUGCAAGAAUUUCCUUAGAAACUCAACAUUUGGCUUUAUGAGAUGAAGUGGUAGUGAUACUCUGAGGAUCUUUCAGAAUUAUUAGAUUCACAAAAUUUUAUCAUUCAAAAAUACUAAGUGUCCAGCUCCCUCAUUUUACUGUGACCCUGAAGAAUUAGAUAACUUACCUAAGUGCACUCAGCUGUUAGUUACAAAAUUCCCCCGGCCCUAUUCACCAAAUCUCAUGAGCUUCUGCUGUGGUGGUUGAAGCUCUGCUUUUUGGACAUGUCAUCACUGUCACUGUGGUUCUCCAGUGUUGGAGAAGCAAUUAUGCAAUGCUUUUCUACCAGCCUCCCCUAGAAUAUACAGAGGAAAACACGGUUGCCAUCAGGAGUUACCUCCCCAUCUGCAUGUGACGGGGUUGACUGUCCCUGCCUCUGGAGGAAGGUGAGUGUGCUCUGAGACAGGAGUUACUACAGCUCUUCCAAACUCAUAGACCUCCCAACAGCAAUCCUCAACCUUUGCUUGCAGGUAUCACAUGCCAUCUGGGGAACUCACAACACAUUUCAGGUUACAACAGUGCAGAAAAGUUUAAACUAUCAGAACCAUCAAAUUAGAAGAGUUUUAGACUAUUAUUAGGAGUAUUAUUGUCUUCAUUCCUUGAUUUCUCAGUAGAGAAAACAAACCCAGGGAGAAGAAUUUGACUUAGGCAAGACUUUACUUCUUGCUUAUGAUUUAUAGGAGGCCACACUAAGGAGAACUCUGUGUUUGUUUCUAACAGUAUUAACUGUGUGUAUUUACACAAUAAGUUAGUCUCUGAAAAUGAAUAGCCUACUUUAGGUGAAAAAGGAAAAGUGUGGAUUUGCUUUAAAAUAUCUCUUAAAAUUUACAAUUAAAUGACACAAGCUGAUUUUAUAAAACAUUUUAUUUACAGUAGAGCUUUACAAAAAUAAAAUUAAUACAAAC